AUUAACAAGAUGAAAUUCCUCAUAUUCUUCGGACUCUUAGCUGCUGUGGCUACGGCUGAAAAUGCCAGAGGUGAUCCUCGUAUUUUUAACAUUAUUGGCGGCAUCCUAGAUCUCCUGAACCCAAAACCCGCUGAAAGGCCCACUGUUGUCGAUAAGCCAGUUGUAGUAGAAGGCCCUCUUCAGCCUAUCAUUGUUGGACCUGCAAUCGUUAACCCAGAAUAUGAACAAAUUUCCGUCGGACCCGCCAUCGUAGACUUUGAAGAGAUUGCCGUUGGACCCGCUAUCGUCGAUGAAACUGCUCCCGUUGUCCCCGCUCCCGUCCCCUCUCCCGUGUUCCCCAUCACCUCCCCUCUUGUACAAGUCAUCGUUAACGUUGAGUCCAACGGCGCUGGCAAUCCCGUGUCCGUCGAGGGUGUAGAACCCACCCCCGUCAUCGUUGUUCCUGCACCCGUGCCCGCGCCCGAACCAGUGAUCGUCGUUGACAAGCCCACAGUUACUGAGCCCGUCAUCGUUGCUCCUGCUCCCGUGCCUGAGCCCGAACCAGUGAUCGUCGUUGACAAGCCCAGUUACUGAGCCCGUUAUCGUUGCUCCCAUUAUCCCUGAACCCGUCGUUCUCCUCCCUGACAUCCUCAACUAAAUUAGUGUCCAUAAAUUACC